AUGGUUCAGAUUGUCCCGCAUAUUCCAAUAAAAACUGGCGAACUUGCUGAUUUACCAAAGUUCAUGGAAAACUCCAACGGCAGUGUUCGUCAGUCGUUCCACCUGGUAUUUGACCUUUCUGAUGUUUGUAUUACGACCGAAACUAUUGUAUACCGUAUAUUAUUCGAGAAAACCCCUACCCAGAAGUUACGUGCUACUAGUGUCGUGGUGCGGAUGAUCGUCGAGUUGAGGCUCGAUCAGCUUCAAUGCUUUUUCGCUAGUUCAUUACAGUUGUUCUGGAUUUACCAGCAGUUGGCCAAAAUCUCCUUAACACUUUGCAUUUUUCCAACGUGGGCUUUCUCUUGGGCAUUUGAACUUUCGGGUGUUGCAGUUUUGAAGACUAACCUUAUGUGUAUCGAUUGGUUUUUCAACACAGCUUUGCCUAUCAAGACCCUCGAGAAAGCUCUUCCUGAAGAUAGAGAACUUCUAGACGUCAUGAGAUUGGGUGAAGCUUGUAGGAUAUACAUUCAAAUUAUGAUAUUACACAACUCACUUGCACCUAGCGUACCCGUUGAUGGUAGCUUCGUUGGAACCUCAGUCAUGCUUAUACUUCCGACACCUUGA